AAGAAUCGACAUUGUAUAGAAAAUCAUUUUGUUCAUAUUGUUUUUCUUAGAUUUCAUGGGGAAAAGAAUGGCAUUGUUAUUUCAGGCGCCAAAAGACUUGGAAGACUUUCUUUCCAGAGAAUGUCAAGAAGAGUCAAAUUGGAAGCUUUCCUUCAAGUUUAAUCCUUCAAGUGAACAGUGGAAUGCCAUUUUGGAGAAAGUUUUCGGGUAUUUGUCCAAGGAUGGAACCUUAGAGUUGGAGCUCAGUGGAAUAGAGAACACCUCGCCUGUAAAGACAGAGCUCAAGCUUUGUGGUUUUAAAGACAUCGAAGAAGAUUACUCACAGGAAGCUAAAAAGGUAUUGGUCUCAAGGAAACCAAACUAUGACGUUGGUGUUUCAAUACAAGUUGUAACUAAGAGCAAUGGAGAACUUGAAGAAGUGAAGCAUGGUGCAACACAGAAGGAAACUGUCCAGCUGUGGAAGAAGCUUUCUGCAGCACAAGUUGAUGAGCAGGAUUUGGUUGACGAAAACUCGCUCGUGGAGAUGGACGAAACACUGGAGGGUGUGGGACAAAAGUCGGCUUGUGCAGUAGGAAGAAAGCCCUGUGCAAAUUGUACUUGUGGAAAAGCGGAAAAGUUGGAAAACUCCGUUAAAAUUGCUACUUAUAGUUUGACAGAGACUGCUCCAAGCUCGGCUUGUGGUAACUGUUAUCGUGGCGAUGCUUUUCGAUGUGCUGGAUGUCCUUAUCUUGGCCUACCUCCGUUCAAACCAGGGGAAAAGGUCGCCUUGUCUUCCCAACUGCAGGCAGAUAUCUAGAGGAGUUCAGUGACUUUUCAUGCUCUUAUAUAGCUUGUAGAAUUUACUCAAUAAUAGAUUAGUAGCGGCAAUAUUUUGAAAUAGGAAUGACAAAACUGUCGAGUUAGUUUCAAUUGAAAAUUUUCCUUCUCUGUCGAACUUUGUCGAACA